AUGGCUAGCGCGUUUCGGCGGAGGCACACUAACAGUACUGGUGUUUUACAGGCUGGUGGUAAAGCUGGUAAAGACUCUGGAAAGACCAAGACCAAAGCGAUUUCGCGCUCUCAGAGAGCAGGACUGCAGUUCCCGGUAGGCCGUAUCCACAGACACCUCAAGUCCAGAACAACGAGCCACGGCAGAGUAGGAGCCACCGCGGCGGUGUACAGCGCGGCUAUUCUCGAAUACCUUACUGCUGAGGUUCUAGAGUUGGCAGGAAAUGCAUCAAAGGACCUUAAAGUAAAGCGUAUAACCCCACGCCACUUGCAGCUGGCUAUUAGAGGAGACGAAGAGCUGGAUUCACUUAUCAAGGCCACUAUUGCAGGCGGAGGCGUGAUCCCACACAUCCACAAGUCUCUGAUCGGGAAGAAGGGCCAGCAGAAGACUGUAUAACCUGAAGGGUUCAGCAAGUUGUGCCAUCUCAGGAUGAAGUCUGCAUCAAGUGGUUAAAUGUCUUAGAUUAGUAAUCUUACAUUAUUUUAUGGUAGUGUGCAUUUACUACUCUGGGUG